AUGGCGUCCAGAGAGCCCCAGUUUAACCAGCAGGUGCUGGUCGACACGACCCCCAUGCCCGAUCACAUCCCCAAGGUGGAGGAGAUCGGUGCUACGUCGGCGCCGCUGUACAGCGCGGCGUACUUUAUCGGAGACCGCUGCAAGCCCUACAACGACGAUUUCAUGAAGUGCAAGGACGAGUCGAACGGGCGCGGAGAGCUGGACUGUCUGAAGGAGGGUAGAAAGGUGACGCGCUGUGCGGCUAGCGUAAUCAAGGACAUCAACACCCACUGCCUGAAGUCGUUCACCGCUCACUGGGAGUGUCUCGAGAACAACAACCACAAGCUCUGGGAGUGCCGUGCGCAGGAGAUGAAGCUGAACAGCUGUGUUUUUGAGAAGCUGGGCCUGAAGAAGGAAAUCCCCGGAACCCCCGAGAACGUCGUCCCCGUGCACUUGCGCCCCAAGCAGAUCUACUCCGACUGGCCUGGUCGGCAAUAUUAA